CGCCCCUCGCCGGCGCGCUGCGCGGUGACGUCAAUCGGCUGCCCCUGUGCCUGCGCGGAGGAGACCCCGCAGUGAGCUGCCAACGCCCGGCGGAGCGUCCGAGGUUCUCUUGGAGUCGAUAUUCUAGUAGAUUUCAGCUAUGCAGACGAUCAAGUGUGUAGUAGUGGGUGAUGGUGCUGUUGGUAAAACCUGUCUCUUAAUUUCUUACACAACAAAUAAAUUCCCAUCGGAAUAUGUACCAACGGUUUUCGAUAACUAUGCUGUAACAGUGAUGAUUGGAGGAGAGCCUUACACCCUUGGCCUCUUUGAUACUGCAGGUCAGGAAGAUUAUGAUAGAUUACGACCCCUCAGCUAUCCACAGACAGAUGUAUUUCUGGUCUGUUUUUCAGUGGUCUCUCCUUCUUCAUUUGAAAAUGUGAAAGAAAAGUGGGUACCUGAAAUUACUCACCACUGUCCAAAGACUCCUUUUCUGCUUGUUGGGACCCAGAUUGAUUUAAGAGAUGAUCCCUCAACAAUUGAGAAACUUGCCAAGAACAAGCAGAAGCCCAUAACUCCAGAGACUGCUGAAAAGCUGGCCCGAGACCUGAAGGCUGUAAAAUACGUGGAAUGCUCUGCACUCACGCAGAGAGGUCUGAAGAAUGUGUUUGAUGAGGCUAUCCUAGCUGCCCUCGAGCCUCCGGAAACUCAGCCCAAAAGGAAGUGCUGUAUAUUCUAAACUUUCUUCUUCCCCUCUUGCUGCUGCUUCCUCUGUCCCACUACUGUAGAAACCUGGUUAAAAAUGAAUCAAACCACCUUGAUUGAAAGCUGUUGUGCCUCCUUGCCAUCUUAGAGCAACCUCUGUAUUAACUCUUGGACUGAAAACAGUACUUGAGAUCUUUAGUAAAACAUUGUGACUGUGGAACAUGAACUGGACUCGCUUAACUCCCUGCUGCUUGGGUUGCCAGGUGUGGCUAGCUUUAUAAUUCAGGCUGUUGGGGGAAAGGAUUUGGUUACAUCGUUAUUUAAAGAACGACUAAAAAAAAAAAAGAGAUGGUGUUUGAUCUUCCUGAAUCCAACUGGAAGAAACAAUGAGUGUGUUUUCCAUUUCUACUUGUGACUCUUAACUGUAUUUGCAUGACAAAAGUACCUGAACUGGUGAUCUGCAAAUGAAACUGUAACGUGAAGGGUUUUCUGGUUCUCCUGUGUGCAGUGAGAUGUUUCUGUUGCUGUUGCUUUGGCUGUCUGUGCUAUAGUGGAGUAUCUGUCAGUCCUUGGGGGGAAGGAAAUAUUGAUGUACUUGCUACUGCUUUAUGAACUGUUAAAAUUCUUGCUUUCACUAACAUGGUAGAGCUCUUCAUUUCAAUAAUAGAUCCAUAAAGCCUGUUACUGUAAGAUGUAAAGCUGCUGCUUACUGUCGUGCUUCUGAUUUUUAUUGUUUUAAGGAAAAAAAAAAAAUCAAUUGUAGCUUGUCUUUAAAUUUUGAAAUUAAAAAUUGCAGUUGUUUGUAUAAAUGACUGAUGAAGCUUUAUUCAAGUUGCAUUUCCUGGCUCCAGUUUAAUCCUUAACAGAGUGUACGGUACCCCUCUGUAUUCCUCCCAGCUUGACUUUUCUGUUACCACGGAAGGUUCUGGGCUCUGCCUGGCUCCUAACCCUGGGGUGGUUGGGGCUGGAUGCCCGGCCAGAGCAUGUACUGAGCAGGUUAUCAUUGCAUGCUUGCCUUGCCUCUCCUCCACUGACACGCCAGGCGUGCUCCAUGCUCCGGGUUGAGCUCUUCCAUCUGAAUGCAGCACUUUCUCCUUUGUCAUUAGCAUGUGAAGUACGUGAGUAGCCAGUUACUCAAAACAGUUCCUUAAGGAAAUUACUUUGGUGCUGGUGUGUUGCUUUUUGUGAAGAGCUCUGCUCUGCUCUGUGUGAGGAUUCGUUUUCUUGUUCUGAAAAUGAGAUGCUGAUCAGAAGCUGCUGAGAGCAGCGGUACAGAGCCUCGCUGGGCAGGCAGGCUUUGGAGAUGCCAGAUCUCCAGGUGUCCUUAGAGGGGUGUGGCUGCCACUUGGUUUUCUGGGGUUUUGUUUGUGUGAAAACUCAAAAAUGAGACUGCCCCUUUCUCUCUUUGCCCCUUUUCAGAAAGGCCUAAAGAAUGUAUUUGACGAGGCGAUAUUGGCUGCCCUGGAGCCCCCGGAGCCGAAGAAGACUCGCAGGUGUGUGCUGCUAUGAACGUCCCUCCACAGCCCCUUCUGCAAAGCUGGUGUUUGAUGUCAUACUAAAAGCAAUGUUAAAAAUCAAACUAAAGAUACAAAUUUUAAAAUUUGUUUUUGCAAUAAUGACAAAUACCCUGCACUCCCAUCUCCCCCACACGAUCCCUGUGUGAGAUGAGAAUGUUAGUGUUUAUUCCCCAGUGCCCCCUUCAAUUCAGUUAAACUAGUUAAUUUUGAGUAAUUAUGUAUUACCAGAAGACACUGAUCAUUACUAGUUUUUUUUUUAUUUUGUUUAUAGUUUCUAAUUUUUUUUCUGUUUGUUUAACAUCAAGGCAUGCUCAAUGACUUUUUCUGUAACAGACUAAUUUUAGGCUGCUUAACUGAAGUCUUGGCCCUUAAUCUGGUGUGGCAAGACUUGGUUCUGGUUUCUAGACCUUGUAGGGCUGCUCUGCAGCCAGCCAGCAGCCUGGGUAUGAGCAGACUUUAGUCAGGAAAGCAAAAUGUCCCAAGCUGGUGCUCCUCUAAGAAGGAUUGCAGAAAGUAAAUCUUCUCUGAAGUUGCCUUGUAUCUUUUACCCCAGGCUUUUUAACUGUGCAGGUCAGGAGAUUUAUACCCCAUCCUCUUAAGUUAUGGAGCCUUAUUAACAGGAGAACGAUUUUUCUCCGGAUGCACCAUCAGACUUGAAACUAACUUGCCAGUCUCUUCCUUAAUCUUUGCCAUCAUAAUCUGUUGGCUCGUGUUGAAGAAAUAACUGCGCCUUUGGAAACACGCCUAGCUGGGUCAGUUGGGUUUUAAUGAAUCUACCUUCUGCCAAUCCUUAAUUAUUAGAGAAACGCUUACAGUGACCUGCACACGUACACUGCUGCUUGGACACCCUGAAGGGACCUGGGAUGUGCUACAAUGGGUUUUGGAGCUGGCUCUGAUGGUGCAUCUCUCGCUGGAUGGCUUGGUUUGAGGAGGGGUGGAAAGAUAGACCUGUGUCAGUUGAAAGGAAGUGCAGGGAGGGGCCUCUGGUGUUUGGUGUGACACCAUAUCGGGACCACUUGAGGGAGCCCCUUUUUCUGCAUUUUGCUCAUGAGUAACCUUAAACCUGUAAGAGAGGCUCCAACCCCUCUGAAGAUCAUGUGCAGUGUCUCUACAAAGACCAUCUGCAGUAUCAGAAGGAUUUUACCAAAAACAUAUUUUGGAUUGCAAAUUCAAAAAUUUUAAGACUUAGGGAAAUCUUCUCCAUCUUCCAAAAUUUCAAUUUCUUGUAGACUCAUUAGUGUUGAACCAAUGCUUUUUCAUGUCUAAGUUCUUUGUAUAUGCAUUCUUUUCAGAUGUAUUAAAGUAUCUUCACAAGCCUG